AUGGAACGGCAUGAUGGGAGUUCAUCUUCUGCCCAGAGGGUCCAUCCAUCUUCAGACACGCCUGAUCUUGGCGGCAGUAUUGCAGCCGCCGCACAGUCAUGCUCGAAAUUGUUCCAAGAAUGCGCCAAACACAUCGAAUAUGCAAGAUCAACCAAGCAAACAUAUAGCUCACAAGUGUUAGAGCAGGGUAAAAGAUACGAUUUAUGGGCACGAAACAUCGCGGCUAGUCAGCCGUCUCAAUUUCCAACUUCCUUGGAGUACCGACUCAGAUCUGAUGCCAACGCUCGCAAAAUUGUUCAAAAAGCUCUUGAUUAUGUGAACGAAUCUUUAGAGAUGAUCAUUCCUAUCUUGUCUGGUGAUAAGCAAAUUCUCACUUGGGAAGAGGAAAUAAACACGCACACCCAAAUUGAUAGCCAAAGAGAUCUGAGUGCGCGAGCAUAUAGAGAAGACCCGGAGUUUAAACCUGUAUUGAUUUCAGAAUAUGAGCUUCCAGCUAGAACCACCUCGGAGUUAGCCGAGCUAUCGCUUUCUAUCCAGGAAGGAAUCACAAAUCUCUUUGAGCUUUCCAUGAUCAUACGCAAACGGCCCGAGAAGGAUGAUUACAUUAAAGCGUCUCUGCGUUAUAAUUUUGAUCCAAAAUUCGACAUCAAUCACGUUGGAGAUAAAUAUCCUGUUGCGAGAAGUGGAGAACCAUGGUUGAUGGAACGCCUAGGGACUGCCAUCACAAGACGAAGACAGUACUUGCUUUACAGAAAGGAGCACCAGAAGCGGUCAGAAGAAUUCCACCAAGUGAGCAAAGAUGUAGACGGAAAGACUGUCUGGUCUGGUACCAAAGCAUCAACCUUCGUCCCGGACAACCGAUUAGGAGACUCUACUAGCCAGUCUUCAAUACCAGAUGAUCCCAUUAUAUUAUCUUCACGUCCGCAAACGGAGUAUGCAGAUUCUAGUCGCGGCAAAGACGCUGGUUCGGAUCUUCUGAGAACACCUCUGCUUCCAAAGGGUGCGAAUGGCGUUCGUACAGGGUACGGUGAACACUUUGAGUGUCCAUAUUGCUGGCCCCCCCAGACCGUACAGAACAAGAAUGAAUGGAAAAAACACAUAUUUAGCGAUCUCCGGCCAUAUGUCUGCACCUUCGAGGGUUGCGGGCUUAACAUGUUCGAAAGUCAGAAUCAAUGGUUUGAUCAUGAAACUAGAUUUCACAGAAAGCAAUGGCAGUGUAACAUAUGCCAUGAAGAAGGCCCGAUGAUACGAUCGGCUCUAGAAGUACACAUGAAAAAUCAACACGCAAGCGAUGUUGAAGAGGCAACAAUAGAUGCUUCACUAGACGAGUGCAUUGUGCCACGAAUAGAUGCGACAAAGUGCCCUUUAUGUAAAGAUUACGGUGCUCGACUUCAACGUAUCAAUCAGUCCGGCAAGUGUGACGUUAGUCUCAAGCAAUUCCAGGAACAUCUUGGUCGUCACAUGGAACAGUUAGCCUUGGCAUCUUUACCAGAAGAUGAUAGGGAUGAGGAAUAUGAUGAAGAUGAUGAUCUUUUCGAGCCAGCCGACGAGGAAUAUGCGGAGAUGGCAAAAGUUCAGGUAACUAAGCGAUUCGGCGAAUUUAACAGGGGGCAAGAGGAGAAAGAUCCGAACGAAUAUGCUUCCCCUUCACGUUUUGAAGCGUAUAUAGAUACGACAGACCCACUUAUAGAAGUUCCUGAAAUUUCACCGAGGCCAUCGAUAUCUGCGGCGCCUGCCGACCACGAAAGACCCGAGAAGCUCGGUAGGCCAGUGGAUGGACGGCAAUUUGAAUCAAGAGAACGCCGGUCCUCGCCCAACUCAGAAGAUGAUUCUUCCCCACUAUCAAGAAGGUUCACCAAACGGAUGCGAAACCUUUUGGGGGGCACCUCAAAAGUUAAUUCAGCUGAUAUCAAGCGAGCAGACGCCAAAGAUUAUCCACAGAUUCCUGGUGAGGAGCUAAGGCACCCCAGUUUUAGGGUGCGUAGUCCCGUACCCGAAGAGAGAACUCAGAGGCCCAGAACACCUCCCUCCCCCACGGGAGCCAUAAGCAAUCAGGGUAGGCCAUUUUAUGAAAGGAGAGACUCAGCCUCAGACUCUAUUGACUAUCCUACGGUUUCUGGCGACGACCCACUAAAUCCAUAUCAGAAGCACGUUGAAGCUCAGCGCCGUGAAGGACCCGGGCGCAAGCCGGAUACUCAACCAACUUCCAAAUAUUGGGAUGCAGCUCAGUCUGAAGGUGGAUCUGAUCACGCCGAACGACUACAAGAGCUUGAGAAUUCUUUAGAUAAAUUAUCCAAGAAGACUGAGGACAGUUCCGAGAACCCAAAAACGAACGAUCCCGAAGGUCCCAGCACACAGAUACCUCCAGCCCUCCAAAGAGUAAUGUAUCAUCUAGAUACUCCCAAGUUUCAGGAAGGGGACUAUGUAUACAUUGAAUCCAAAAAUUUAGGACCUGUAGUAGGACCUCUCGUAAUAAGUGCUCGCAGUAGAAUAUAUCGCUCAGAUGGAAAGCAAUCAAAAAAUGAAACACUUUGGGGAUACCAAUUGCUACACAAUGAUAAGCUCUACAACUCUGGGGAAUGGGUGGAAGAGUUAAGACUAAGAAAAUCUCCUUAG